AUGCCGCCGUCUGACUUCAAGAAGCUCAAGGUGGAGAUGUCGUGUGUGAUCUUCCAGUUGGCAAUGCUACACGAGCUUCGUAAUACGCAUCCACUGUUCGUUGAUACGGAAACGUCCGACGGCGACGACAACGACGACUCACUACUAUCGUUGCUCGUGAUACUACGUCAAGCUUUGGAUCGCGUACGCUAUUCUGUCGAUCGAAAGAACGUUGUUCGCUCCGUGGCACAUCAUGCUUUGCUCUACAACCUUCGUGACGACGAGUUCCGAAAGUUUAUCCGGGUUAGCAAGAUCACGUUUAAUGUUUUAGUUGAAAUGAUUCACCAAGACAUUGUUUUCAAGGCCAAGGGCGACAAGGCCAAGAAGCAGCAGCGCGAUGUGGCACUGCAGCUCGCCAUAACACUAGAGUGGUACGGGGCUUAUGGAAAUGGAAACUCCGUCGCGCACCUCGUUCGAGACUACGCAGUUGGAAUGGGAACAGUUCCGACUUACGUACGCCGUGUGCAGAAAGCUUUACUUCGCCACUACACAACAUGUGUGUCUUGGCCCAGUCAGCAGCAGCGAGCUCUUUCGGCAGCGUUUCACGAAGAGCGCUUUGGGCUAACCGAGGGAGUGGUCGGGUUUGUCGAUGGCACUCACGUUAACUUUUCCCAGAAGCCGCACAUCCAGGGCUCAUUGCACUAUAGUCAAAAGUGCCAGCACAGCCUGAACGUGCAGACUCCUAUUGCGAAGCAUCCAGAGCGAUACUUUUCCGGUGACGAGUAUCUGAUUGGUGAUACUGGAUAUGCGCUGAGCAUCAGGCUAAUCACCCCGUACAAGCUUCCAGCAGCGGCCAAGGAUGAACAUGCGUUUUAUAACGAAACCAUCUCAUCCGCUCGAGUCAUUAACGAAACCUGUAUUGGAUUGCUCAAGAAUCGCUGGAUGUCCCUGAAAGAAAUACGAACUCAAAUCAAGAAGAAAGCAGAUUUCCGCCACGUGAAUAACCAUAUUCUCGCCUGCGUUCUGCUUCACAACCUUGGGCUGGCGCUUGCAGACGAAUGGGACGAAGACACGGCCGACGAAGAAGACGACGAUGAACCCAGGGGUACCGCGGAGGUAGGCACGGCAGCACAACAAAAGCGUGAGCGAAUUAAGCGCGCACUGAUCAGUACUAGGCAAGAACAUCUCCACCAGUGCUUGCACCUCAGAGAUAGUCUUUCCUCCAAGUAA